AUGUUUUCGUGUCCACAAGGAACACAAGACAUCCCAUUUAAUGCAUUGACUGCACUUUCUGCAGGUUGUAGGGAGAAGAGGAAUGAAGUAAUCAUGAACAGGAUCCACCAAUCAGAAUACGAGUUCGGGUCUAACCACUAGAAAGCAUUCAGACCUCUGAGAUCUGCUGCUCUUAAAGCCUCUGUCUUAAUGCAGGACGCUUUACUUUUUUUCUGUGCAUCUCUUAAUACACACUGAGCUUCGCUGAAAUAUUGAUGAGAGAGUCGGAUAAGAAAUCAAUCUUUCCUGUAAGAAGGGGCUGCGCUUCACCCGGCGGUGGGAUUAAUUAAAAACCAAGGGUCCUAUGUUUCAUUUAGAGGAGUUCCGCGUUUUUAUUGGUGCGACUCAGUGCGACUUUUCCCAGUGAUGGCAGUCAAUACGGAUGCCGACUUUGAGUCCAGUGUCGUGACCGAGAACGCGGCGGGGUUCCGGGACGCGCAGUGCAGGGACACGCAGAAGCUCCUCGGCGUGGUCACGGGCGACCCCAGGGAUAGUGUCGGGGGCCGCUCCGACUCCCGGCGGCCGAGCGUCAAGUCGCAGAAGUCGCUCCGGUCCCUGAGCGCCGACCAGCACAGCUACAAGUCCGCGGGGACUGGAAGCAUCCAGUCGCCGCCACGCUCUCCGGCGCCCGAGCGCAACGAACCCGAGCCACGCAGCUACAUGUGGCUUGCGCUCUUCUCGUGCUUCUGUCCCGCACUGCCGCUCAACGUCAUCGCGCUCUACUUCUCCCACGCAUCACGCUCCAUGAGCCAGGCUAAUGAUUUUGAUGGAGCGAGGAGACUGGGCCGGCGUUCACUACUCUUCAGCAUCAUGGCCAUCGUUGUUGGUCUGACCAUAAUCCUUUAUCUAGCCAUCACAGAGAGCUGAUGCGUCUUGGUAUAUAAAGAACACCUUUGUAUCACGGACGAUCUUUCGGGGCAUGGCACGUCCUCCUCAGGAUGUGAGCAACCUCAUCCAGAUCUUAAAGGACUAGAAUAUCUUGCACUACAAUUACAAAAUACAUGUCAUGCCUUACCAUAUCUCAGGCAAUAUUCGAAAUUGUUUGGAUUUCUCAUGCAUGCUCUGUCUCCGUCCUCCGGGGCAGUACACGACGUCUGAGUGGGCCGUGUCCUGUCGGACGAAUAAACUGUCAUGAGCUGAAAUCUGCCAUUAAAGCUUGAAAACAAAGCAGAACAAACAACAACAAUGACAAAAAAUACAUGAUAAUUCUAUGGACUAGAAUAAUUUCUAUGAAUUCUAUGCAUUUUCUUAAUUGUUGCCAAUCCAAUGCAGGCAUGCCAUUUGUAUUUUAACCAUCGAAAAUGUCAUUUGAAGGAAAAAACCUCUAAUAUUGAAAAGUAUGCAUAAUUAAAGUAAUAUAUUUAAUAAUAUACAACCAUAUAUAAUAAUUACAAUGUGCUGCUGUCAGUUUCAAGUCUUAUUUACUUCUUCUUUUUUUUUUUUUUUAAACAAACUGCUGGAUUAAGGGAUCAUUUCCUUUUUUCUCUCCACUCUAACAAGCACAGAUUUCUAAAUAAUCACCAACCGAGCCACAGGUGAGGCUUUUCAUUUGAAUUCAAUCUGAUUUUCAUGUUUCAUGAUUUUCAAAACAAGUGUCAGGAAGGUGGCUGGUCCACAUCCUGUGCCAUUUUACGCCAGUUUUUCUAUGUAUUAAAAUGAUUUCAAGUCUUUGUAGAUUUGAUUUAUCGUAUUAUUAUAUGCAAAUGAAGCGUCAGUAUUGGUAUUCAUGCACAUUUCCUGCAUGUCUUGAAAUAAACAAGCCUGGUUCAUCGA